CCAUUUGUGCCGUUUUUGCGUCUGCUUGUGUCACUGGACGAUCCGUGUGCGAAAAUUUUGUGAAUUUGUUUUCGGCUUAAAUCCCGAAAAAUACUCUAGUAAAGUCGUUUUCCUCCAUUCCAACAGAAACUCCAACUAAUAGAAAAUGUCUGACGAAAAGAAGGACUCAAAGGGAUCCGAAUCCGAACACAUCAACUUGAAAGUUUUAGGACAAGACAAUGCAGUAGUGCAGUUUAAAAUUAAGAAACACACUCCACUCCGCAAGCUUAUGAACGCAUAUUGUGACCGAGCGGGACUGUCCAUGCAAGUAGUGCGAUUCCGCUUCGAUGGUCAACCAAUAAACGAAAAUGAUACCCCAACUUCGUUGGAAAUGGAAGAAGGCGACACGAUUGAAGUCUAUCAGCAGCAAACCGGCGGAGAUUGUGGUCGUCAUUACGAUUAAAUUCAUAUAAUCGUAAACAAAAUAAAAUAUUUUUAAUUAAUGAUAAAAAAAGAAAAAAUAAAACAAAGAAAAAAAUAUCAGAAUUUAGUUGUAAAAGUAAUUUUUCUUUUUUCCGAAAUAUGAAUAAUUUAAGAAUGUUUAUUUUCUCUAUCUCUCUCAUGUCGUAAGAAUCAUGUGCAUACAAUAGAAUAUUGACACUACCAAGCCAACCAAGUCUUGUUAAUUUCCCACUCAGUUCAUUUCAAGAUUAUAUCUGCCGUCGCUGACGAACAGCAAACAAACAGAAGUAUUUGACUAGCGUAAAGGAAUUAGGUUCGAUUUUAUACAAUAAACAUGAAGUUGGAUAGAUGGCGUCCGGGCGGGACAAGGAGUCGCGAGUAGUUGCAUUGCAGUCGGUCGAGGGAGAUGAGCUCGUUCAAAAAAUAGAUUAAUUCAUUCAUUUGCGAAUAGUUGCGCUUGUCCAAACGAGAAUUGUAAAUUUUGUAUAAGUUAUUUGGAAGCUUAGACGAAUUUUUUAUAGAGAAUUGGGUACUCUUCAGAUACGUAUCUUCAUUUCUCCCUAAUUUUUGUCCGUCUAUCUGACUUCACACGUAAAUGAUACGCAUAUAUAAUAAAAUUAAUGAUGAUUUCA